ACGUGGCCCGGCCAGUGUUGAACAGCGGCACUAGUCGAUUAGAAAUAAGCACAGCGCUGCUGCUCGGUCCAAUAAGUUAAUUUUGCUAAGUAAAUAUACAAGCACGCUGUCGGCAAUCGCGAUAAGAUACCCCCGUUACCACCCGCAAUCAAGUGUUCAGCAAAGUGAUUCGGUGGUAUCCUUACUUUGGCCAGUAUUAAGCUCCACGUGAGGAAAAAGGCGCUGAAAGAAAAGAAAAUCCAAGGCACACAAACACACACAUACACAUACACACAAGCACAGCAACAACAACAACAACAAGACACACACUCACAAGGAACACGUACACAAAUGCGCGCCAGGGAAAAGCGCUAGGUCAGAGGAAAGUGAAAAGCGCGUGCGACAGGCACCCUGGGAUUCGGAUACCGAUUUGGCAUCGGAUUCGCACAUUAGUCGCAGUCGCUGCUGCCCUUAGCUGCGUGACAGCCCAAAACGUUAUGAUGGUCUACCGGGACAAGCACAUCCUCAGCGCCCAGCAGCUGCGAAAGCUGAGCGAACACAAGUACUCCUGCUUCAGCGCCUCGCUGCUCGAUCCGCUGCUGCAGCCGUGGUGGAACUGGCUGGUGGCCCAGACGCCGCUCUGGCUGGCCCCCAAUCUCAUCACCAUCGUGGGCCUCAUCCUCAAUGUGGUGACGACACUGAUAUUAAUCUGCUACAGUCCAAAUGGCGUGGAGCCACCUCCGCGCUGGACCUGUCUGCUGUGCGCUCUGGGAUUGUUCAUCUACCAGAGCCUGGACUCCAUCGAUGGGAAGCAGGCGCGUCGGACGAACACCUCGUCGCCCCUGGGAGAGCUAUUCGACCAUGGCUGCGACUCGAUAUCCACCGUGUUCGUGGCUCUGUCAGCCUGUAUAUCCUGCCAGCUGGGGCACUACCCCAACUGGCUGUUCUUCCAGUGCUUCUGUGCUAUAGCCCUGUUCUACUGCGCCCAUUGGCAGACCUACGUGUCCGGAACGAUGCGCUUCGGGCGCAUCGAUGUGACAGAGGCUCAGUUCUCCAUUAUAGCCAUUCACCUGGUGUCGGCUGUGCUGGGUCCCGAGUUCUGGCUAACCAAGCUACCGUACUUCGACUGCGAGACUCGAUUUUUGCCAAUUUAUGUGGCCUGUGGAGUCGAUUCGAUUCUAGCCCUGCGCUACUCGAAGUGCAUCCUGACCGAGGGUUGUGGCAAGAACGGAUCAUCGGUUGCUGGAACUAGUGUGCUGUCGCCCAGCAUACCCCUGACCUUGGUGGUGCUGCCAGCUCUGAUGAUUGCCCAGAAGUCGCCGCAGAACAUCUUCACGGAGCACGCUUCGGUGUACAUCAUGGCCUUCGGCAUGGUGGCCGCAAAGGUCACCAACAAGUUGGUGAUCGCACACAUGACAAAGUCGGAGAUGGGCUAUCUGGACUGGUCGAUGCUUGGGCCUGGGAUGCUGUUCCUCAAUCAGUACUUCAACUGCAUCGUGCCUGAGAUCUGGGUGCUGUGGUUCUCCCUGGCCUGGGGCACACAGGAUCUGCUGCGCUACUGUGCCCAGGUAUGCCUCGAGAUAUGCCAGCACCUGCGCAUCGAUCUCUUCCGCAUACCGUACACGCCCAAGGGAGCCGCUCCGUCCCAUCCGGUCACCGCCUCCGUGAGCAGUCAGAGCAACUUGGGGAGCAGUGCGGACAAGAACGGCGGCACCGCCCAUCGAAAGUCGAAGAGCAAACCGCACUAGGUUUCCCACUACUUUAAUUAGAACCUUCUUUUACACUUUAACGUCGUUAGAAAUGGGGGAUACUCGCUGGAGGAGCUGAAGGAGAAGCUGGAG